AUGUGUCAAGAAGAAAGAAAAAAAAAAUACCAUGAUGAUAUUCUCUUAAAUUUAUCUUUAACUAAUGACGAUAAAAUUGAAGGUGUCCUAUUUAAGUUAAUUCCAAUUUUGUUGGAUGAAAUAUUAACAUGUGAAGAAUAUUUAAGAAAAUCGUUAAUAGAAAUUAUUAGUCACUGCAUAAUAAGAUGCAAAUCUUUAGAACGGAUUAAGAUUCCCGUUGUAGGGAUGGUUGAAAAUUAUUUGAAAAAUAUUGACAAGAUAAGCAAUAGUAGGAUAUUAUAUAACAGUACAUUUUAUAUAUUUAUGGAUGCAGGAUUUAAAAAUGUCGAUGAUGAAGAAAAGUUAAAAUUUCAACAAUUAAUAAUAGAGAAUUGUGAUAUACUAGCGGAUAACAAAGAAAUGGGAAUGUUUAUGAUAAUAAAGUUUGUAGAAAGUUUGGAAAUUUUAAAUAAAAAUGAGAAUAAGAUGAAAAUGAAUAAAUAUAUUUCGUCUGUUUUUAAAGGCGUGUGCUUUAAUAGUAAUGGCAAUGUUAUUAAUAAUAACUCUAAUAGAGUUACACACGAUUUGAAAAAUGAUAAUCAUAUUACCAAUUUUUGUGAUGAUAAAUAUUAUAAAAAACUACAAAAAUUCAUUAUGUGCAUAAAUGAAUUUUUAGCUAUUCCCAUUUAUUGUAUAGAUAUAAAAUUGAUAAAAUUUAUUAGACAAGAUUUAGUAAAUAUAUACAAAGAAAAAUUCCUUAAUAGCAAAUAUUAUUCAAAGCAAAAUCAUAUAAAAAUGAAGAAAAAUGCUUUGAAAUUUUUAAGUGAUUUUUUGUGUAAUCAUAGUUUAUCAUAUUCAUCGUAUAUAAUUUGUUCAAAUGAAAAAUAUGAUGAAGUAAAAGAAUUCGCUAAUUUAUUAUUAAAAAGUAAACAGAACAGUGUAAAUUUUAAUGAUAAUGCAAUAUAUGUAGAUAUAUAUAUGGGCAUAAUAAAGUAUUUUGAUAAUGAUAUAUAUUCAAUAAAUUAUAUUUUAAAAAUUUUUAGUAUAUUUGAAAAUAGUCGUAUAGUAAUUAAAGAAGAGGAGCAGUUACAUAAGCUACUGUGCUAUAUUUAUUAUUUUUAUUUUUACUUUGUUAAUGAUGUAAACAUUAAAAGUAUAGAUUUUAUGAAUGAGUUUAUAAAAUUUGAAUUAAUGUUUAAUAAUAAAAAAGAGCUUUUAGCAUAUUUAAAAGAAAAUAAAUACAACACUAAAUUAAAAAAUAAAGAUUUAAAUAAUUGUCUUAAUAAAUUACUUAUAUAUAUUAUAGGAGCAAAUAACAAAAUUGUGUUUUUUAAUAAAUAUAUUGAUUACAUAUUUAAUAUAAUUUUUUGUAAUUUGAAAGCAUUAACUGAAGAAAAUGGUGAGGAAAACAAUAAUUACAUUUUACUGGAAAAUACCGCAACAAUGAUAGAGAAAAUAUAUGGGCUCGAAAUAAAUGACCAUAAAACUAAUAUAAAUUUAUUGAACAAUUCGUUUUUAUUAACGCAUAUAUUUUUUAAUAAAUUAAAAAAUAUUUAUAGCAUAAAUAAAGAUUCAUACAUUUUAUACAACAGUGUAAACAAAGUUUUAUCAUGUUUGAUGGAAUAUUUUAAAAAUUGUCUGAAUGAAAGUAGGAGUCGAUUGAUUGGGAUAAAGAUGGGAUAUGCGGAUUUCAAAGAAUUGGGCAUGAACAAUUUUGAUGGAAAUAAUGAAUCCAUUUUAUAUUGGACUAUGGAAAGAAUGAAAAGUGAUAGUGAUGACCACAGUAGUAAUUAUGAAACGAGCAUCGAUAAAAGAAGAGAAAAUACCAUAAAUUUUCGAAGAGCAAUUAUUGAAAAUGUUAUGGGUAUAUUAGAUAAAUUCAUAAAAUAUACACAAAAUAGUUUAUUAAUUGGUGCUAUACUUAAUUGGAGUUCAAACAUAUUUAAAUGUGAAACUUGUGAAUAUGCGUAUUAUUUUUUACUAUUUGAAAAAUGCAGUGACAUAAUUUUAUCAGAUACAGCAAAAAAAUAUUUAAAAUUCCAUAAAAAAGAAAAGAUGCCAUCAUUUGAUGAUUAUAUAAUUUUUAUAUCAAAAAAAUUGUUUCACGAUAAAUCUAAUUUUAUUGUUCACUAUUUUUUUGAGAACACAUUUGAUAAUGUUGAUCUAAAAAUGUAUAAGGAGAAGGACGAUGGUUCGAAUUUACUUAGUACAGAACCAAAUAAAAAUGAAGAAUUAAGCUAUGAGCAAAUAAAUAUAAAAAAUUUUAUUGAAAUAGAUAAUGCAAAAAGUGUUAUUGAAUAUGCUAAUAAACAUUACUCAGCAUUUAAUAUAGAUCAGUUGUCUAGUUUAAUUAAAUAUAUAGAAGUGAUAAAUUAUAGGAAUAAUUUUUCUAUAGAAAGUAUAUAUUUAACAAUUUUAAUAUUUGAUAUAUUUUUAGUUAGCAUUGUCAAUUGUGUUAAUCGGCUUAAAGAUGACUAUUUAUUGAUAUACUGCUUUUCGUUUACCAUAUUUAUGAAGGAGUUGAAACAUUUUUUCUCUAACAGUAAUAAAAAUAUAAUGGAGAAUAAUUCCAGUUUUAGUAAUGAUAAAAAUGGGUGUAUCACAUUAAUUGAAGUUGAAAAAGCAAAUAUAUUAAUAAAUAGUCAUUUAGCAGAAAUAAUAAAAAGUCGAUUAAAUAUAUUAUUGCAGAACAUGUUGUAUGCGCAUAAUACAAAAUUGGUAAGUAAAUCAUCAAAGAUGCUAACACAUAUAUAUUUGCAAAUUAAAGAAAGAAAUGAAGAUUUAUUUAAUGAUCUUCUAAACAUUUUAAUUUCCAAAAAUUUGAAAGAAAGUUCUAAUAAUGAUGAAGAAAAUAGAGUGAUUUGUUCAUUAAUAUAUUUAUUUGGUUAUUUGAUAAAAAAAGAUAAUUUUUUUGCUGAAAAAUAUUAUUGCAUUUUAGAGAAUCUAACGGAUUAUAUGUUUUACAUAUAUUAUGAUUAUGUGAAAGAAAGCAAAAAAACAGUGACAAAUGAAAAGCUAAUUCUGUUAAAAUAUUGUAUUACCUUUUUUUAUUUCACAUUUUUCUCAAAAUCAUUUUUACCAAUUUGGGGGGAAAUUAUAAAUAGUAGACAAAUUGGCAUGAAUAAAGUGGGUUCUAAUGAUGAUAUUAUUAGAUACAAAUCAAUUGUAAGUAUAAUUUUAGAAAUAAUAAAAUAUGCAAAAGAUAAUAUUACAAACGUUUAUAAUUUACCUUUGCUCAAAAAGUCACUAAAAUUAUUAAGUUGUUUACCAACAUUGAAAGAGGAUAGCAUUAAUUUAAUGCUAAAAGAAGAUAUAAUGAAUACAUGUAUCAUUGGCAAUUUUCAAAUAGAAAAAAUGUAUGGGCAUUAUAUAUCUCAUAUUUUUUUAAGAUUAGAUAAAUUUCAUUUGAAUAAAUUAUCUUCAGAUAUUUUAAAAGACAUUUAUGAAUAUUCUCAACAAAUUACAUCUAAUAAUAGUGAUAACGAAAAGAAAAAAAACUUUGUAUGCAUCAUUUUGUUUUAUUCUAUAUAUUACAAUCCAUUUUUGGAGUAUUUAAACAAAAAUUGCUUAGAAAUUAGCAAAUAUUUUAUUUCCUAUAUUAAAUUAGAAAAUAAUAUAUAUUCAGAAUAUUGUUUUUUGGGAUUAAGUAAUUUAUUUUUCUCUAUUUUAAUCCAGGCAAAUAUAGACAUUAAUAAUGUGAAUAUGUUAGAGGAUGCUUUAGAUGCUUUACAGUAUGAUAAUUAUUUAGGAGAAAUUGCUGAAAAUGAAAGUGAUCCAAAUAAAAAGCAUAAAAAUGAGAACGACCUAUUGAAAAAUGAUGAAAACAAAGGGAUGGUUUCAGACAGCCUAAUUUUACCAUGCGAUGCUCAAAAGUCUAUAAUUGACAUAAAUACUAAAGAAAAAACAAAAGACGAAAAUAUAAAUAGCAUAAAUAUAUGUAAGAGAAGUAAUUUAUCAUGUAACGAUUUAAAUGGAAAUAAUAAUACGUACCUAAAAAAUGAAGAUAUGGUGAUAAAGUACGCAGAAAAUGUAUGUAAUUCUUGUAUGAAUACAAAAGACGAUCUAUUUUACAUAAACUAUUUAAAGAAUAGUGAAAAAGAAGUGGAUGAAAAUUUUAUAGAAGAAAUAAAAAAAUUCGAAUGUCGAAAAGAUCGUUUAUUAAAAAAUGUUUAUGAUUAUAUUAAUAAGGAAAGAAAUAUGACUCUUAUUGCACAUUAUAAAUUUCUAAGUAUAUACAGUUGUAGCUAUAUAUAUUUAUUUUUAUUUAUGCAAUACACAAAUUUGGGGAUUUAUAAGUAUGAUAAAAAAAUUAAUGAUUUUUUUUCUUUUAACAAUGGAACCGAAAAGAAGAAUAUACAUCAUAGUAAUGAUCACAUUAAUGAACUUAUGAAUAUGCUAAAUUCGAAUUUAUUAAAAAUAGAUAAUUCAAAUAAAGUAUUUAGCAGUAUAGAAGAAUUUAAGGAGAGUGUAACAAGACAGUUAACGCAAAUUUUCGAUAAAACAGUAUGUAGCAGAAGUGGGGAUAUAAUAAAUUUAAAAAAAAAUAAUAAAUAUGUAUAUGCCGUUAUAAAAUAUAUAUGCAAGAAAAUGGUGACAAAUUUAAUAAUAGCAAGAAAUGACAUAAUAAAAUUAAAUUACUUUAAGUACAUACAAAAUAAAGAUGUAAAUAAUACUAUGAUGGAAAUUGAAGAAAAUUUUUUACACAUAGAUUAUAAUAAGUUGAUAGGGAAAACUGUGUAUGGAAUAAAUGCUUUAAACGAUGAGUUAUUUAACUAUUCUAUUGCUACAAAUAAUGAAUUUAUUGACGAGGCGUUUUUGCUAUUUUUAAUUGAAUAUCUUAAGGAUGUAAAUAUGGAAAUAUUUUCAUUUCAAAUACCAUAUUUUUUGUUUUUUUCUCAUGCUAUCAGUAAUACUUAUUUAAUAAAGAAAAACCUAAGCAUUACAUUUUAUGGUGUUUUAAAAAAUUCAUUUGUUAAGUAUUCUCAGUAUUGUGGGAAAUGUGAUUGCAAAAAGAAUGAACAAGAUUGGCAUAAAGAUAAAGGAAAUAAUCGAUAUAACAAUAUAAGUGAAGGGGACAUGAAUUGGUUAAAGGAAGACAGAAAUGGUGAAAAUUUGAAUUCAAAUGGUAAUACUAACAUUUUUAUAUUGAAUAUUUUAGAAUUUUACAAAAAAUAUGAAGGAAAUAAAAAAAUCGAAUUAUUUUAUCUAGAUUGUUUAAAUAGUUGUAUACAAUCGUCGGAUGAUAUAAAAUUUGAUUUAAAAGUUUUACUUAAUUUUUAUUUAGCAAAUAGUGGAAAAGCCGAAACAUAUUAUGAUGAAUUAAAAAUAAAAGAGAAUAAUGAUCAAAUUUGUGAUUACACGGAAAUAGAAAUAUAUUUCGAUACAUUAUUGAAAUGUAAUAAUUCAAAUAAAGAAAAAGGUGUUAUGGAAAAAAUAAUUAGUAAUUAUAAAAAUAUAUUAUAUCUUGAAGAAAGCAUAAAAAUGUUUAUGUCAUUUUUGAGUAAUAAAAAGGAUAUUAAUGAAUAUGUGCUAAAUAAUUUUUCUUUUUUGAUGAUUAAAUUAUUAGAUCAUUAUGAAAAAAUAGAGCAGUGUAAUACCUUGUUAAAUAUCAGCUUGUGUAUCGAAAUUUUCGAAUCAGUUUUUAAUUUUAUAUUAUCACACAUUUCUAACAAAAAUUUAUCACACAUUAAUGAUUUGUUAUAUUAUUUAAUAAAUAAAAUUCCUUUCUAUAUUUAUAUAAAAUAUAUAUAUAAUCACAUGUUAAAAGAUUUUUACCAACUAGAUAUUACUUAUAAAGAUAACAAUCAUGUUAGAAGCUAUUGUAGCAGUGUUAUUUUAUAUUUAUUAAAAAAAAAGUAUCUUUUGGAUAUAGAUGAUGAACGAAUAUUUAGGGAUAAAAAAAGGAUAGAUGCUAUCAAGGAGUACAAUAAAUUAUAUUUUAUAAAUCAACUGAAUACCGAAGUAAGAGCAUUGUUACAUGAAGAUGGGAAUUUUGCUCUCAAUAUGAAAAAGGAAAUAAGCAAGCUUAAUUCACCUGAUAAAGACAUUAUACCUUCUCAAACAGUGUCUACAUCUUCGAAUAAUAUCAUUGGUGUUAUAUUUUUAAAAUUAUUUGAUGAAAUUAGAGACGGUUUCAAUGUUGUAAAUGUUGAUAUUGUUUCAUAUGGUCAAAAUAUCACUUCAAUAAUAGUAGUAGAUAAAGACCAUUUAAAAAAUAAGAUAAAAAUUAAUUUAGUAAAUAAAUUGAAAUCAGUUGAAAUUAAUGGGAAUAAAAUAAAUUACACAAAUGAUUUGGAUAUUUUAACAAAUUAUAUGACGAAUGAAAUUACUGAUAUUUGUUUACAAGAAUUUAAAAAACGAGAAUUAUUCGAUGAGGAAAAUAUUGGGAUGUUAAAAAAAUUCGAAGGAAAGUUAAUUGCUCGAAGUUUUAUAGUUAAAAAUAUUAUAACAUAUGAAAAUAAUUAUUAUAAAGAUAUUUAUAAUAUAUUAGAAAAAAGGAACAUUUUCCAUUUUUAUAAAUUUUUUAACGAUUAUAUAAAAGAAUUUUUAAUAUUUUUAGAAUCCAAAUAUGAAAAAGAUAAAAAGGGGUGUUUAAUAUCAAUAAGUAUAUUUGUGGAAUCAUUUGUAAAUAUUUAUAAAACUGAAGAAUAUGAUAACUUAGAUUUAGAAGAGAUAAAAGGAUUUUUGUAUAUAUAUUCUGUGUUAAAUGAAUUAUUUAAAAGCUCUUGCAUAAAUAAUGUUGAUAAUAUUUAUUUUGUUAUUGUUGCUCAUUUAAAAUGUAUGAACCUGAUUUUUCUAUUGAUUCGUAAUCAAAUUAUGGGUAUUGAUAACAAUAGGAUCAUUAAAAAUAUUGAUCAUGGAGAAAUGGAAACACGAGGAACAAACCCAGAUGAAGAAAAUACCUACGUUUUUGGAGAUUCUGUUUUUAUUAACAUUGAAUAUAUAUAUGAAGCAUUUGAUAAAAUUAUAGAAUUUUUAAUUGAUUAUAAGGAAUAUGAUAUAUUUGAGCACGUGUGGAUUUUUAUUUUCAAUAUACCGUCUAUAUUUAUCCACAAAAUAAAAUUUUCAAAACUUUAUGAAUGUAUUAAUAUAUUAUUAACAAAAUAUUUUUAUAAUCGUAAUUUUGAUGACAUAGCUAACUAUGAUAGUAAUUUUUGUUUUUAUUUUUUCAAAUUAGCUAUUUCUGUAUUUUUUUAUUCGUAUAUUGAGAAAAAUCAAAACAAUUGGUUUUAUUUUUUUAAUUUUGAAAAAAUAAAUAAGUUUGUUAAAGUUGAUAAUUUACAUAACUACAUGUUUGAUUUGGAUAAAAUCAAUCAUUGUGAAGAUGAGAAGCGAAAUAUUUAUGUAGAUAUUAUCAAAUCAGUUUUUAUGAAAAAUAACGUUAUGGUUAAUGAAAAGGAUGCUGAUAGUUAUAGACCAACGAAACACACAAGCGAAUGCCAAUACGAAAAAAAUGAUGAUAUUAAAAAUCAUGAAAGUGAUACACAUUUAUAUAUUGAAAAUGGAAGUAAUAAUUGUUUUUAUAAUUUCGGAAAAUUAUUAUGUCUAUUGUUUGAAAUCGGAAAAAAUAAUAUGAAUGUAUUGAGCUUAAUUAAAACAUAUUUACAGUUAAUGUUUUUAAAUGAAAUACAGCUUUUUCAAAUUGGUGAUAAGGCGAUUUGGGAAAAAAUAUAUAAUUGCAUUUAUUUAAUGAUAAUAAAAAACAAAGUAAAAAAAGUGAUGUUUGAGCAUUUAAUGGAUAUAUUAAAUAUAUUAUUAUGUAUAUAUAAUACAUACGGUUUUGAAAAUGAAAAAGAUAGACAAAUUCAUUUAGAUAUAAGAAUUGCCGAAUUUAAUAAUUGUAAUGCCAUCGAUCAACCUAAUAUCGUCGAUGCGGUUUCUAAUGCAUCAAUUUUUGUGUUUAUAUACUUUUUUAAAAUUCGAAACAAUUCUAAGCAUUUCGUAUUUCCCGAUUAUAUUAUUCAAAAUCUGAAGUACUCCAUUAUGCUCAACUACCCUCACUUUUUUUUGUAA